UAUUGACAAUUUGACAUUGAAAUUGUCACAACAAAGAGUUUGUGUUACGGUGGUUUAAUUUUGUAAAACGAAAGUUUAUUAUGAUCAAUAAUGGCACGAUUUCGAUUAAAGGAUAGCGAAGAAUAUUACCUAGCACUCUCUGAACAGCCCAAGCGUUUUGAUGCUGAUAGUCCUGUUACAAAUGUGUUUUUCGACGACAGCAAUGGACAGGUAUUUACUGUUAGAUCUGGGGGCGUGACGGGCGUGACGGUGACUGGCAUGGACAAAUCGAAUUCAACUUCAUUCCGAAUGGAGGAUCGAGGACCAAUAAUAUCAAUAAAAUUUUCUCCAGACCUUAAAAUAUUGGCAAUACAGAGGAACCAAGACAAUCAGAAUGCCACAGUGGAGUUUGUAAACUUUAAAGACUUAGCUCCAACCAAUGUGGAGUACUCUCAUACUUGUAAAUGGAAGAACGCAAAGAUUUUAGGCUUUGUGUGGCCUAAAGUGAAUGAAAUAACAUUUAUUACUGACCAUGGGAUUGAACUUCUGCAAGUUAUACCUGAUAAGAAACAGUUGAAGAGCUUGAAAAAUACUUCAUUUAGCUGUGCAUGGUUCUCAUGGUGCUCACAGAGUAACAUAGUGUUGCUGGCAGGUAACAAUGGGGUGCUGCUGCAACCAUUCUCACUCAACAACUCCACCAUCACUAAACUGCAAAAAUUGGAAUUGGAGGCGACGCGGCCGGUGGUAGAGCGCGACGUGUUCACGUUGAGGCUGUGCGACGCCACCUGGUGCGCCAUCUUCCGGCACGCUCAGUCUGCCACCGUCGCCGCGCCCGGACCCACCGAGGUAUGGUUGAUGCCGAUCACGGGUCCGUCCGGUUUCCACUACACGCACGUUCUGAAGACAGGCCUGGUCGGCAGGUUUGCCGUCAAUGUCGUAGACGACCUCGUCGUGGUCCAUCAUCAGGCCAGUCAAACAUCCCAAGUGUUCGAUAUAAUGGAGCAGUCGAGGCCGGAGGGCGGCGGCGUGGUCCACAUCCCGCUGGUGGGCGCGACCAGCCUGCGGCCGGCGGCGGGCGGCGCCCUGUACAGCGACACCUGGGUCGUGUUCCAGCCGCACUACAUCAUCGACGCCAGGCUCGGCUGUCUCUGGCGCGUACAUCUCAUACCCGCUGGACUCGCGCACUCGGUACCAAAAGACGAGAUAUCAAAGAUCGUGGCAGUAUUGCUCCGGCGCACGGAUGGCAAGGACGCUAUCUACAGGGUGCUCAACCAGCUCGUGGCCGAGGCAGGCACCUACCUCGUGCAGCUGUCUGAUGUCUUCGACGAGAUACAUACUGUAUACAGGAAGUGGGCGGACCUAGAGAUGGCCCGCAACACGGCGGGGCCGGCGCCCCAGCCGGACGGCGGGGCGGGGCGCGCGCGCGUGCUGAUCUCGCAGGGCGAGCUGUGCGCGCACGUGCUGCAGCAGCACAGCGAGGCGGCGUGGCUGGUGCAGGUGGUGACGUGCUACGUGGCCUCGCUGGCGCGCGCCGGCCUCGUGGUGCAGGCGGCGGCCGCCGAGCUGGCCGUGCGCGCGCUGGUGACGCGGGGCCCGGUGGCGGGGCUGGGCGCGGCGCGGCAGGCGGGGCUGGGCGGGCUGGCGCCGCGCAAGUGGCUGGCGGCGGCGCGCGCGCACGCGCAGGCGCACGGCCGCCCCACCGCCUUCACCGCCGUCUACCACGCGCUGCUGCAGCGGAACGAACGCACUCGGGGCUCUCCGCACUUCCUCAAAGGUGAACAAUGCGACAGUUACGUGGAGUAUUACAAGCAGAUCACAGCCGAGCCCCAAUAGCGUGGUCCUUGCAUGUCAAGCCAUCCAUGUAUUAUUACAACACGCAUUCAUACAAUCAUCUAUUAAUAACGAUAUCAACAUAUGUUAUAUUGUUCUCACUGUUCUCAGACAGGAUGUAAAAUGAAUGCAGAAACAAACUAUAUUCCCAUGUAUAAUAUAAAUAAUCUUUUGUUGUGAAUACAGGUUUGUAAUAGCUUGUCUGAGAGUUUAGUCCACGCAAAGCCUCACAAUCAUCAGCCAAAAUGCAAUACUUUGUAUAAAAUAAUUACUCUAUCGAUUGCUAUCUAUCUAUUUACCAACAAGUUGAUUUUCGUGGCAUGGGCUGUGGACGUCUAUUACUGCAUGUUCCUAUAUUUGAUACUUCGUGUCCAAUAGGUACAUUGAUUAUGUAUCACCAA